AUGAAAUCUGAAUCCCAGACAUCACAAUCAUCUCCGUACCAUUUGGCCGUCACAAGAGUCGCCGUCGCUCAAAUAUGCCGUUCAGUCGGCUUUAAGUCCGUCCAAAACUCUGCCCUCUCAGUCAUCACCGAUAUCGCCGGAAAGUACCUUCAGGCGAUCGCUUCCGGCGCCGUCUCAGCCGCCAAUUCAGCCGGAAGAACCGAGUCGAACGUCGUCGACAUCGUCGCCGCGCUCGAACAUCUUCAUUCCAAUACGGGUUUUCCCGGCGGGUCGGGUGUCAAUUUCGGGUUCUGUAGCUCCGGGCUUCUGACUGAUGUAAUGAAGUUCGUUAAGUAUACUGAUGAGAUUCCCUUCGCUAAGCCGUUGCGGAGGGAGCGUUUAAGAGAUAAAAUUAGCAACACGUGUUACGAGAAUUGUGAGAAUCGGAGGAGUUAUGUUCCGAAAUGGCUGCCUUUGAUGCCGGAGAUUCGGGGAUUGGAGGUGAAGAGAAGGGAGUAUUGGCCUUUUACCGCUGAUAAGGAAAUGGGAGUUGCGGUGGAGGGGAAGAACGUGGAGAUAGGGAAGAGGGAAAUGUUGCCGGUGAAGAGACCGAAAUUGAAGUUUAAGAUCGAGAAGGGUGGAAUAGGAUUGUAA